AUGGUCAAAGAACUCAGCUCUCACGAUGAAUUCAAGUCGGCCAUCGAUUGUGACAAACUCGUUGUUCUUGACUGUUACGCCACAUGGUGCGGCCCUUGCAGGGUGAUUGCCCCAAGGAUCGUCGCCUUCUCUCAGGAUUACCCCGAGAUAGAUUUUUGCAAAGUGGACGUCGAUGAAGUACCAUCAGUCGCGUCGGAGCUCGGCGUUCGUGCUAUGCCUACUUUCUUCUUCUUCAAGAACGGCGAGAAGAUUGGAGAAGUUGUCGGCGCCAACCCAGCUGCAAUUAAGUCCGCUAUCGAAAAAUACAAGGCCUAA